GCUGGGUAGGCUGGCGGGCGGGCGGGCUGGGCUUCGGCCCGCGCGCGGCGGGCGAUGCUGGGAGGCAGCUCCGGGGCCCGGGAGCGCGAGGCGGAGGGCGACGGGGCGGAGGCUGUGACGCCGCCGCCCGCCAUCGAGUUCCCGGCCGACGGCUCGGACCCCAAGUAUGACGAAUCCGAUGUCCCAGCAGAACUCCAGGUAUUAAAAGGACCCCUGCAGCAGCCGACUUUCCCUUUCGCAGUUGCAAACCAACUCUUGCUUGUCUCUUUGCUGGAGCACUUGAGUCAUGUGCACGAACCAAACCCUCUCCGUUCAAGACAGGUGUUUAAAUUGCUUUGCCAGACCUUUAUCAAAAUGGGGCUGCUGUCUUCUUUCACCUGUAGUGAUGAGUUUAGCUCGUUGAGGCUACACCACAACAGAGCUAUUUCUCAUUUAAUGAGGUCUGCUAAAGAGAGAGUUCGUCAGGAUCCUUGUGAGGAUAAUUCUCAUAUCCAGAAGAUCAGGUCCAGGGAAAUAGCCUUUGAAGCACAGACUUCACGUUACCUAAAUGAAUUUGAAGAACUUGCCGUUUUAGGAAAAGGUGGAUACGGAAGAGUGUACAAGGUCAGGAAUAAAUUAGAUGGUCAGUAUUACGCAAUUAAAAAAAUCCUGAUUAAUGGUGCAACUAAAACAGAUUGUAUGAAGGUCCUGCGGGAGGUGAAGGUGCUAGCAGGCCUUCAGCAUCCUAAUAUCGUAGGCUAUCACACUGCUUGGAUAGAGCAUGUUCACGUGGCCCAAACACGAGAUAGAAUUUCUAUUCAGCUGCCAUCUCUGGAAGUGAUGUCAGACAAGGAGGACGACAGAAAUCAGCAUGUUAAAAAUGAUGAAAGUAACAGCUCAUCCAUUAUCUUUGCCGAGUUCACCUCAGAAAAAGAAAAGUCUUUAGGAGAAUCUGGCAUUGACAAUCAGAAUAACAGAUUGGUGAACUGCAACACCAAUUUAAUCACAAGAACCGCCUGUGAAUUUGAAUCAUCCAGUUUGCUCCAAGGAAAUGGUUUGGCUGAUUUGCCUUCCAGAUCGAUUGUUGAACAUCAGCUGCCAUUUAGGCAUCAUUCCGACUUAGAAGAGAAUUUCACAUCCACCGGGGAAUCUUCUGAAAACUUAAGUUUGUUGGGGCAGACAGAGGUGCAGUACCACCUGAUGCUGCACAUCCAGAUGCAGCUGUGCGAGCUCUCGCUGUGGGACUGGAUAGUCGAGAGAAACCAGCGGGGCCGGGAGUAUGUGGACGAAGCUGCAUGUCCUUAUGUCAUGGCCAGUGUUGCAACAAAAAUUUUUCAAGAAUUGGUGGAAGGUGUAUUUUACAUACAUAACAUGGGAAUUGUACACAGAGAUCUGAAGCCCAGGAAUAUUUUUCUUCAUGGCUCUGAUCAGCAAGUAAAAAUAGGAGACUUUGGUCUGGCCUGCACAGACAUCAUACAGAAGAACACAGACUGGAUCGAUAGAGAUGGGAAGAGGACACUCACACACACGUCCAGAGUGGGUACUUGCCUGUACGCUUCUCCUGAGCAGUUGGAAGGAUCUGAGUAUGACGCCAAGUCAGAUAUGUAUAGCUUGGGUGUGAUCCUGCUAGAGCUCUUUCAGCCGUUUGGAACAGAAAUGGAGCGAGUACACGUUUUAACAGGUUUAAGAAGUGGUCAGAUACCUGAAUCCCUCAGUAAGAGGUGUCCCGUGCAAGCCAAGUAUAUCCAGCACUUAACUAGAAGGAACGCAUCUCAGAGACCGUCUGCUCUUCAGCUGCUGCAGAGUGAACUCUUCCAAAAUUCUGGAAAUGUUAAUCUCACCCUACAGAUGAAAAUACUGGAGCAAGAAAAAGAAAUCGAAGAACUAAAGAAGCAGCUGAGUCUCCUUUCUCAGGACAAAGGGGCCAAGGAUGACGUGAAAGAUGGGGGUGUUCCUGUCCUGCCUUAAUUAGGCUCUGUAAAUGUGAAUGUGGACUUCUAGUUCUUGAAGUAGUCAACUGGCAUGUAAAUGUUGUCUUUGUUAGGGUAUAGAUGGUAUAGUUCUAUUUAGUGAGCCUGGACAAGACCUAUUAAAGUUGUAGAAGUUCCCUC